AUGGGAGACCUCAUUGUCAUUACAAUCAACUAUAGACUCAAUUUGUAUGGAUUCCUAUACACCGGCGCCCAUAGUAUUGCCACAAACGCCGGAAUGUAUGACCAAAUGCUGGCCCUUCAGUGGAUCCGUCAACACAUCCACCACUUCGGCGGCGAUCCCUCGAGAGUCACACUAAUAGGACAGUCGACUGGCGCCCAAUCCGUGGGUUUCCACAUAUUGUCGCCAAUCAGUAGUCGACUCUUCAAUAGCGCGAUACUCAUCAGCGGAUCCCCUCUCGAGCGCCGGUGGCUCUCAGCGCCAGAUAAUGCCAAACAGUUUUGGAUGAGUUAUGCCAAAGAUGUCGAGUGUUUGGGAACCGAAGUCUCUAUUAAUGCAAAAGUUGUGAACUGUUUAUUAAAACUCAAUAGAAAUCAAUUGCUGUCUAUGACUGACAUCAAGCGCUAUACUGUCGACCCUUUCGUAGUGUCGGCGCCGGUAGUGAUUGACCAGCAGUUCAAUAGCGAUCUGUCACUACAGGCGCCCAUUAGUGGCAAUAUAUCGGUGCUCUUUGGAUAUACCGAUGACGAGGGGUCGUGGGGUUUGGCACUGGAGGACAGACACCGGUUCGGACCGACUGUCCCACAGAAUAUGACUUUCAAUGAGACUCUCAUUAAACUCAAAGAAUUUGUUCAGAAAAUCAAAUCAAAUACAGACAAUCAAAUCGAUGGC